AUGACCUUAAGGAGCGGGAAGGAAAUUCAGGGACCCGAACUCGUGAUUCCGAAGGAUAAAAAUGAAGAUCGAAUUGAAAAAGAGCUUGGGGAGGAAGGAAUGAGAAAUGCAAAUCCAAAGGUAGUUCCUGAUUCUAUAAUUAAAGUUAGAACUAACUCACCACCUUUUCCAAGCAGGUUAGAGAAACCAAAGAAACAAGAUAAGGAAAAGGAGAUUCUAGAGGUGUUUCGAAAGAUGGCAAUCAAUAUCCCUUUGUUGGACGCAAUCAAACAAGUGUCAAAAUGCGCUAAAUUCUUGAAAAAUUUUUGCGUCAACAAGAAGAAGUUGAGGGGGAAUAAGCAUAUUGUAGUAGGUGAGAACGUUUUAGCGAUUUUACAAAAAAAACUACCACCUAAAUGCGGAGAUCCAGGUAUGUUUACUAUCCCCUGUAAGAUUGGACAUUUUAAGAUUAAAAAUGUCAUGCUAGAUUUAGAGAUUUCUAUUAAUGUGAUGUCUAAAUCAAUCUAUGAUUCCCUAAAUUUAGAACCUUUAAAAGUAACAGGGAUAAUAAUUCAAUUGGCUGAUCGUACAUUUGCUUAUCCGGAUGGAGUAGUUGAGGUUGUUUUAGUGCAAGUAAAUGGAUUAAAUUUUCCUGCUGAUUUUUAUGUUCUAUACAUGGAUGAUAGAAGUGCCCCAAAUCCAUCACCCAUUAUAUUAGGAAGGUUAUUCUUGAGUGCUGCCCAAACUAAGAUUGAUGUUAGUAAGGGUACUCUCACAAUAGAAUUUGAUGGAGAAAUAGUCCACUUUAAUAUUUUUGAUACAAUGAAAUAUCAUGUUAACUCUCAUUCUGUGUUUGCUAUUCAUGCCACUAAUCUCUCUGUGUAA